UAAAGGAGUGCUUCCGGGUAGAAGCGAGGUGACCCCCGGCUGCCGGGGAUCUGCGGUGGCAGCAACCAUGGGGGCGCAUCUGGGCCGGCGAUACUUGGGCGAUAGCUCGGGGCAGCCCGACCCCCUGCGGAUGCCCACCUUUCCGCCGGACUACGGCAUCCCCGGGCGCAAGGAGCGCGAGAUGGUGGCCACACAGCAGCAGAUGAAUGACGCUCAGCUGGUGGUGCAGCAGCGGGACUACUGCGCCCACUACCUCAUCCAGUUUCUCAAGUGCAAGCGUGACAGCUUCCCCAACUUCCUGGCCUGCAAGCAUGAGCGGCACAACUGGGACUACUGCGAGCACCUUGACUACGUGAGCCGCAUGAAGGAGUUUGAACGGGAGCGGCGGCUGCUCCAGCGGAAGAAACGGCGGGAAAAGAGGGAGGCGGAUGCAGCCAGGGGCCAUGGGUCUGGAGAGGUGGCCCCUGAGGUGGCCCUGUAGGGACCCGCUGCCACCCUGUAGACCAGUCAAAAAAAUAAAAGCCUCCAGAUCCUCAA